UUUAUUUUCAUGACCUAAACGAGAAGUUGUAAGGAACUAUAAAUUAUGGCUAUCUGUCAGCUUUUUCAUCACUUUAAACCAACAUCACCAAAAACAACAACAAGCGAAUUUCAGGCUAUAAGAUGGCGUUUGUUAACUUGUUCGUUCUGUGUGUACUGCCUAUUUUGUUCGCCGCCCAGAGCGUGUUGGCCGCUCCAUUAUCGCUAGUUGGUGAUUCGCUAGAUACUCGAUAUCACUUCCUGAAAGCAGACUGUUUUACACUUAUCAAGUUUGUGGGAGAAACAAAAAAUGACUUUGUUGCCCAUCGGUUCCAAAGCGUAAACUACGACCACUACUAUCAUUUCAAUGGUGUUGAUCCAGUUACAGAUUUCUACAAAAUACCGGAGAAGGUGUUCUUGGAAAAGCAGACCACCCUGUUGUUUUCUCUACGGUCAAUGAUCGAACAGAUCGUGAAAAAUGAAGCCACGCUUCCUGUCGCAGAUAACUUCAAGGAUAGAUUCCAGCAAAUCCAAGUUGAGAUCGAGCACAUGAUUGCUGUCUUACAACAAAUGGAAAAAUCCCAGAACUACCCAGUCACAAAGCCAAGUAAUUCUCCCCAGCCCACUCCUAAGCCAAGUAGCACUCCAAAGGAGAUGGAGGAGUGGAAACUGGGAACUAUAAAGGAGCUCUUUUUAAGCCUCAUUUACAUGCAGGCAGGGAUCAACUACCAGCUCAGUAAUUAAACGGGUUUAACUAGUUAAAUCAGGGUAAACUGGUUUGUCUGGUUCAUUGUAUCAAUGUAGCAUAAAGUGAAGCAUUACAUGCUCAAAACUUGAAUUUGCCAUUUCACAUGUCUUUAUUAUUUGAUAAUUUGUUUAAUACAAUUUACUGUAGCUCAUGCCAACACAUGAGUGUGAUCAUAACCCAAAUUCAAGAUAAUUUUUACAUCACAGUGAUGCCAUGGAAAAUAUCUUUGUAAGAAAAUGUAUUUUUGAGUAUUAUACUAAUUUGCUAAUAAAACUUAUAGAAAAACAA